AUGGCUCGGCCCGGCGCACAGCCUAGCACGCACGGCCAGCAUGGGCAGCCCGAUGGCCGCCCGGUCGGGGGUGCGCAGCAGAGGGAUCAGGGGGUGGCACCGGAGGAAUCGCCGAGGGAGAGGGCUCGAAGUUAUCUGGAGGAAGAGCGCAGAGGGAGGCCAGGAGAGGGUGCCGGGAGGAAGAAGGCUGCGACCUCGGAGGAGAAGUGGCGCGGCCGGUGGCCGGCAGCGCGCGCCCACUGCUGCGACCGCGCAUGGCAGGGAUCCGGCCAUGUUGGGGCCCGUGGGCGCGCCGGCAGGAUGGACGCGGGUGUUGGCGAGGAAGACGAAGACACAGCUGGGCCUCCCGAGCGUUGGGGGUCAUCCGCAGGCGCAGCAAGGGCGGAGGUGGAGCGGGCGCAGUGUCGGAACAGGCGAUGGGUAAGGGCGGCGCUGGGGGAGGAGGAGGCGGAGGGAGCAAGGUGCGGGUCGAUGGGGAUUGAGAUGGAAGAAUUGCAAGAGUUGAAGCAAAUUGUGGAUAGUGUUGUAGCUGAUCUGUGGAAACUGAAGGUCCAACCUGCUGAGCCGAAGCCUGAGCUGGACACGAAGAAAUGCCAUAUUGUGCUUGAUUGUUCAGUUGUAUCGCUAAUUUUUUUAGCUUUGUAG